AGCGACAGAGAGUGUAAGUGUGUUGUUUGUUGAGGUUGUAGAGCGUGUUGAAGCAGUGAGAGAGAAAAAGAGAGUAGAAAUCGGAAAGAUGAACACAGACAUAACCGCAUCGACGAAACCAGAGUACCCUGUCAUUGAUCGUAACCCUCCUUUCACCAAAGUCGUCGGAAACUUCAACACCCUCGACUAUCUCCGAUUCGUCACCAUCACCGGCGUUUCCGUCACCGUCGGCUACCUCUCCGGGAUUAAGCCCGGAAUUAGGGGUCCUUCGAUGGUGACAGGGGGUCUCAUUGGAGUCAUGGGUGGCUUCAUGUACGCUUACCAGAACUCCGCUGGGAGACUCAUGGGUUUCUUCCCCAACGACGAUGAGGUAGCUCGCUACAACAAAAAAUAAUCUUUUUUUUUUUUUUUUUUUCCUUUCUCGUUAAAAAAACCCCUCUUUUGUAGUAGACGUGUUUGAUCUUGAUUCUUGAAUAAUCACAUUUCGCUUCAGCUUUUGUUUGUAACGACUUUACUUCAUAAUCCUUAUAAAGGAAUGAUAGACCUUGUAAGUCUUGGAUUUCUAUAAUUUCGCUUGUGUUAUGUGGAGGCAAGGCCAAUGUAAUGUCAUAUUGGAGAGACUCCAUGUGAGUCAAUUUGUCAUGCAAGUUUCUGGAUUUUUGGUGUUU